GUCUCUGGGAUGCAUUUUAUAUGAGAUGUGCUGUAUGAACCAUGCAUUUACUGGACACAAUUUUUUGUCUGUUGUGUUAAAAAUUGUAGAAGGUGAUACACCUUCUCUCCCUGAUAGAUAUCCAAGCAAACUGAACGCUGUGCUGUGCAGCAUGUUAAAUAAGAAUCCUUCAUUGAGACCAGCAGCAGCAGAGAUCCUAAAAAUCCCUUAUAUUGAUGAACAACUAAAGAAUAUACAGUACAAGUUCACAAAUAUGACUCUGAAAGACAAGGCACUUAACUGGCAGAGAGAAGCUGCUCCCAUUUUUGAUGCCGUGCAGAGGAAAGUUCAUUUACAAACUCUGCAGGAACAGUCUGAGGUACAGAAAAUGACACCACGGGAACGAAUGAGGCUGAGGAAGUUACAUGCUGCAGAUGAGAAAGCACAGAAGUUGAAACAGCUGGCAGAAGAAAAAUACCAAGAAAAUAUCAGAAGAAUGCAAGAAUUCAGGUCCCGUAAUUUUCAGCAGCUGAAUGUCAAUGUCCUACAUGAAUCUGAUGAGCAGACUUCAGAACCCCUAAUUCAUUCUCAGCCAGUCAUUACAUGUGACAAUGUGUCCAUAGGACAUGAUGAACCAAGUGGAAAUGAGACAUCAAGUCAACUCUUCAUGUCUGAACUUACAGACCAUGAGAUCCCUGAAGACCCAGAAAUUGCAGAAGAAUAUUAUAAUGAUGAGUUUGAAUCCUGUUCAGAAGGCAGUGAAGAGGAGGAGGAUGUGGAAGCGUCACAGACAGUCUCUAAGACAAAUCAUCAGGACAGUGACCUCGAGGCAAUGGUCCAGUAUUUGGAGAGUGUCCUGAAUAAUAGCUCAUUGGGCUCGGGGACUGUCACCAGAGUGUCUCCAGGGGCGCGCCAGGGAUUCAGAGCUCUCAACAGCACUAUGGCUGAGACCAAACUGAAACGCAUGAGGGAGUAA